AUGUUGCUUCAGGAAGAUGAAUCUUUCAGCGAGGCUAGUUUUGACUCGCAGGGGGAAGACAUGUUUCUCCAUGGAGAGGAUGCUAUGUUGGACUUUGGCAGUGACUCUGAUUAUGAGCCCCCAAUGUCUAGGUGUCCACCCCCCUCUGAAGCUGGUUCAUCCAGCCAGACCCCUGCUGUCUCCGGCUCCACACCUACACAGCCAUCUAGAGGUGUGAAGACAGUGACCAAGAAGUGGAGCUGUCAGGGCCAACCCUCCUACCACGACCAGCACUACAAGCCAGAUGCCUUGCUGGAGCUGGUGUUUGGGGUAAUGGUGGUGAUCACGGGUGAUGGCUUCAUCCCAGGGGAGCAUAGUGUGAUCAUCAUGAACCACCGGACCCACCUGGACUGGAUGUUCCUGUGGUUCUGCCUGCUGAGGUAUAGCUACCUGCGCCUGGAGAAGAUCUACCUCAAGGUGGGUAUAGGCAACAUACCAUGGGUUACACAGUGCUUCAUCUUCAUCAAGCGUCAGUGGGAGGAGGACCACAGCCACAUGGGGAACAUGCUGGAAUACUUCUGUGACAUCAGAGAGCACCUGCAGCUCCUCCUCUUCCCUGAGGGCACUGACCUGACCGACUACACUAGAGCAAGAAGUGAUGACUUUGCGGAAAUGAACGACCUGCCUAGGUUUGAGUAUGUGCUGCAACACCGCACCACCGGAUUCACCUUCAUCGUGGACACUCUCCGCAAAGGAAACAACCUGGAUGCCGUCCAUGACAUCACCGUGGCCUACCCCAAGAACAUCCCCCAGACAGAGCGCCACCUGAUCCUGGGGGAGUUCCCCCGGGAGAUCCACUUCCAUUUGCGUUGCUGCGAGGCCUCUAUCCUCCCCUUCCGACCUGCAGGACUGUACCUGUACAUUGCCGAUCUGACCCAGGAGCACUGGGCUGAAAGGGAGGUCCGCCUGAGUGACCUCUAUGCCGCUGAGCCCCGGGGCUUUCCACAGGGAGUGUGCCGCGUGCCCCCGUGUAAGACAGAGCUCCACAUGGCUCUGAUCAAAACAGCCUCACUGUUCUACUGGAGCUCCUUCAGCCCUGCUUUGUGUGUCUUCCAUAGUGAGCUCACACCAUAG